AUAAGGUCAUAUGACACACUCACCGCUGAAUUACGUCCAGGUGUUCAGCCUGUAUCUCUUCACACUCAGACUGAGGAAGGGCUGCUGCUUCUCUCUGUCUUCAUUUAUUGUUUAAUUACAACACUAACUUGGAUUGCCGUCAACAAGACCUCACAAUGUGCACGUUUUGCAGCUUCAAAUGUUGCUUCGUUUUCUUCAAUAUGCUCUUUUUGGCAUCAGGUGUUGCCCUCAUCGUUAUCGGAGUACUGCAACACUCGACUUACAAACACAUGGGCGAGUUUGCAGGGAGCAGCCUAUCCAAAAUCUCUAUCGUCCUCAUAGCAGUUGGUAUCACCAUAGCCCUCGUCUCGAUCUUGGGCCACUUGGGGGCAUUCUUUAAUAAUUCUUCCAUGGUGUCCUGUUUCAUCUGUAUCCUGAUCGUCAUUAUCAUUCUGGAGCUACUCACAGGGGGCGCCUUCUACAUAUUUCGCAGCCGGACUCUCCUCCUAAAAGUGAAGAAUGCUAUCGACUACGACAGCAAAGCAAGAAGGGUGAUCAAUGAAUACAGCCCGGAGAAGAGACACGCCAUCGACAAAAUUCAGGAAAAGUUCAAAUGCUGCGGUGCAGACGGCCCUGACGACUGGUCCAACAGUGUGGGCUGGGAGAACCACGACGCCGUGCCAGAUUCCUGCUGCGUGCUGAAGGGUCCGGGCUGUGGUCAGGACAAGGACAAAGUGCGCACAAAGGGUUGUAUCCGGGCCAUCAAGCUCUUUCUGUUGAAGAACCUGCUGUGGGUCGGUGCUGUCUGCAUCACUCUGGGAGUCGGAGAGGUUUUUGGAGUGAUAGUCGGGGUGUGCUUGUGUCUGAACAUAAGAGGAAAAAACUAUGAAACCAUGAGCUGAUGUGUCAUCGUGGUCAAGCACAGCCAACGUCCCACAUCAAUGAUAUUUUUUUUCUCUUUUUGCCCAAAUUAGAUGUAUUUUAUUUGCUUUUGCAUGUUUAUUCUUUCUCAAACGUGACAUACAGAUGAGUUGGUGUGACCCUGACACUGAUAGGUUUGACAGUAACUGGUACCUUGUUGCUAUGCUUGCAAACUGUGACUGACAAGUUAUCCAACAGAUGGAAAUCUUUUGGUCUAUUGUGGUGUAUGCCAUUGAAAACACCUGCUG